AUGAAUUCAUAAUAAACUACUUGUUUUCUACAUUCAUCCCUACUUUAAUAUUUUUGUUUAGAUUGUCAUCUUCCACUUUGUGAAACUUGUUUACUUUCAUAACAUUAUCAACACACUCUAACUUAUCAUGUACCUAUACAAGAUUAGAAAUUAAAAAUUUUAAAUGAUAAACACAUCAAAUAACUCUAAAGAUAAGAACAAGAAGUGGAGGUCUUAUAAAAAAUUAUUAAAUUUUAAAUUCAUGUAACAAAAACAAUAAUUUUAAGGAAAAACAGAACCUUUAUCAUAUUAUCAAUAAACCACUUAGUUUAAAUCAUUAUUUAUAAAUUUAAAAUCAAAUAUUGAAUUCUGACCAUCAGACUAUAGUUUUCAAUUUUUUAGAAAAAAUGAUUAUUCGAAAUUAAGAAAUUGAUGAUCAACACUAAGAACUAUAUUUGAAUGCAACCGAAUACAAAUUGAACUAAAACUUGUGGUAAAAACUAUGCUUGUAAUUAUCAUUUUCAAAGCAUCUCAAAAUACUUUCAAUAAAUUUUUGUAGCUCUAAUUUGAACACCAUUCUAUUAAAAGAAUUAAUUGAAUCACUUUUAAAUCUAGAAAAUUUAUAAUAUUUUGAAUUAGAUAUGAAAAAGUAUUUUAAUUUUUAUCUCUAAUUUAGUACUUCUUUGGAUGAUAAUUCGAUUGAGGUUAUUUUUGGAGUUAUGAAAAUUAAGAAUUUACUAAAGUUUUUAGCAAAUGUUACUUAAUGCACUAUAUCUGUAGAUACAUUGCAUCUAUUCUGGAAUAUUUAUAAAGCUAAAAUAAGAGAAACUUUUCAUUAUUUCUAUAUUUAUCAUCAUUUUUGUAAGAAUAUGUAAUAAUUUCAAAUAGAUUCUUUUGGACAUGAUUCAUAUUUUUGCGAAGAGAUAAUAAUGAGUAAACCCUCAAUUUAUCUGGGUUAAUGUUCAGAAUCAACUAUUGCUUGA